AUGAAGGCUCCAAUACAUGCUUCGAAAGAAUGCAUUCAUCGCCUUCUUAAACCCCAAAAAUGUUCAACAACCACCCAUCUCCGCCGUCUCUCCGUCGCGCCUGAUUCAAUACAACCACCGUCACAAGAAGAAUUGACUCAAUCCGCCAUUACCAAUCUGAAGACCACUCAUGAUUGGACUAGCGACACCAAUCUCCGUCAACAACUACUCUCUCUGCCGGCUAACUCUCUUCCCAGAAUCGCUCGUCAGUUGGGAACUUCCAGUAAAGCUCUUAAAUUUUUCCAUUUCAUUCAUGGUAAUCAAUCUCCACCUUCGUUAUCUUCCGUAUUCCAAUCUGUUAUUGAGCUUGCAAUACGUGAAGAAGAUGAGGUUUCCGUGGUUAAUUUACUUGAUUUUUCCAAGGAACUAAAGGUCUCCCUCACACCCCACUCAGCAACCCUCUUAAUGAGAUACUUUUUUCGUGUCAAAAAAGUUCAAAAUGCCGUCCUAGUGUAUGCCGGAUUAGACCCAGAUGCGAGAACCAUUAGUAUAAAGAACACAUUACUUGAUUUGUUGAUGAAAUCGGAUCGAUUCGAUGAUGCACGCAACCUGCUCGAUGAAAUGCUUGAAGCAGAUGUUAAGUUUCCCCCCAAUGAAGUUACAUUAAACAUUAUUUUACCAGCGUUAUUGAGAUGGAAUUUGGGGAAUGAGAAUGAGAGAAUCUUGGGUUUGGUUCCGAAAUUUGGGAUACAUGGUCUGUUUCCUAGUAACAUUUGGUUGACUCAGUUGAUCACAAAGUUGUGUAGGAGUUAUAGAAAUGAUAAGGCUUGGGACUUGUUGCAUGAGUUGAUGAAGUUUGGGAAAGUUGAAGUUGCACCUUGUAAUGCUCUUUUGUCGGGGUUGGGGAGAGCGCGAAACUAUGACCGAAUAAAUCUGUUCUUAAAGGAGAUGAAGGAGAACGAUAUCAAACCGGAUGUUGUGACAUUUGGGAUGUUAGUGAAUCACUUGUGCAAGUCUCGUAGGGUAGAUGAAGCAUUAGAUAUGUUUAAGAAGACGAGGGAAGGAAUUGAUGGAAUCUGCAUUAAACCGGAUGUGAUUCUAUAUAAUACUCUGAUUGAUGGUUUAUGCAAAGUGGGAAGGCAAGAAGAAGGUUUGUUGUUAAUGGGAAAGAUGAAGUUGGAAGAUAAUUGUAUCCCCAAUGCUAUAACUUACAACUGUUUGAUUGACGGGUUUUGUAAAGCUGGUGAGAUUGAACGAUCUCUCGAGCUUUUUGAUCAGAUGAACAAGGAGGGUGUGGAUCCAACUGUGAUAACAGUAAACACCCUGGUGGAUGGAAUGUGUAAGCAUGGAAGGAUCGGUAAUGCAAUGGAGUUUUUGAGGAAAAUGCAAGAAGAAAAGGGUAUUGAAGGGAACGUGGUUACUUAUUCUACAUUGAUUUCCGCCUUUUGCAGCUCCAAUAAUAUCGAAAAAGCAAUGAAUCUGUUUGAAGAAAUGGAAUCUGUAGGCUCUCCUGAUGCAGUUUCUUAUUACAGUUUGAUUUCUGGUCUGACUCAGGCUGGAAGACCAGAUGAUGCUAGUUUUAUCGCUUCAAAGAUGAAAAAAGCCGGAUUUCAACUCGAUCUUGUGAGUUACAACACUUUAAUUGGCGGGUUUUGUAGGAGAAAGAAACUUGAUAAAGCCGUUGAGAUCCUUAAAGAAAUGGAAGAAAGUGGGAUGAAAGCCGAUGGUAUCACUUACAAUACUCUGAUUUCAUACUUCAGCCAAGAAGGGGAUUUCGAGACAGCUCAUAAGUUCCUGAAACAGAUGAUAAAUGACGGAAAUAUCCCUACAGUAGUCACCUACGGUACCCUCAUUCAUGCAUAUUGCUUAGCUGGGAAUCUUGAUGAGGCCAUGAAUAUUUUCAACGAAAUGCUCAUAACCUCAAAGGUUCAUCCAAAUACCGUUAUAUACAAUAUCUUGAUUGACUCUCUUUGCAUGCAUGGGAAAGUAGACCGCGCUCUUUCUAUGAUGGAUAUGAUGUUACAGAAGGGUGUUAAGCCAAAUACUACCACAUAUAAUGCAAUGCUAAAAGGGCUUUCUAGCACAAAGAGGUUGAAAGAAGCACUGAUACUUAUGGAUCAGAUGACAAAUCAGGCUUGUGAUCCUGAUUACGUAACCAUGGAGAUUCUAAAUGAUUGGCUUUCUGCUGUUGGUGAAGUGGAGAAGUUUAGAAGGUUUGUGGAAGGAUAUCAAGUGUCUUCUGCUGCUUCAACUACAAAGAAGAUUGACUGCUAAACGUAGAGGUAUGCAUUCUAUUAGGUGUCAUUUGAUCAUAAUUUAUGUUAAAUUGAUUAAGAAUCCUUGGGUGCUUUAUCGGAAUCACAUAUUUGAGUUAUAUUCAUGUUCUUUUGAUCAAGAACCCUUGUUGUUUUUAUCAAAAUCACGUCUUUGAGU